UUUUUUUUUCCUUUUUCCUUUUUCUUCCUUUUUAUUAUUUCAGUUAUCUAUGUUAAACAUAAUAUGUCAUUAUCUGCUUUUAGUCAACUCAAAUUAGCUUCACAAUUAGGUGAUGUUAUUGAUAGUGUACGAGUAAUACGAAUAUCUGCCAAAGAAGGACAAACAGAUCAAGAUAUUGAAUUGGAAUAUAUUAAACAAAAAGUAGUUGGUUCUGGUACAUUUGGUGUAGUAUUUCAAGCAAAACUUAUAAAUACUAAUGAAUUAGUAGCCAUUAAAGAAGUACUUCAAGACAAACGAUACAAGAAUCGAGAACUUCAAAUCUUACGGACUUUGAAUCAUCCCAAUAUAUGUAUGUUACGAUCUUACUUUUAUCGUCAUGAAGAAGAAGGAAAGUUUACCAAAAGUCUCAAGAAGGAAAAACUGUAUCUCAACCUGGUGAUGGAUUAUAUGCCUGAAACGUUAUAUUCUUUGUGCCGUACUUAUUUGAAAGCAAAGCAAAAGAUUCCUUCCCUGACGACAAAACUUUAUAUGUAUCAAAUCUUUCGCUCUCUUGCCUAUACCCACCAUCUUGGUAUUUGCCAUCGUGAUAUCAAACCUCAAAAUUUACUUAUCAAUCCUAAUACUGGUGUAUUGAAAUUAUGUGAUUUUGGAAGUGCCAAACCACUGGUUCCAGAAGAACCCAAUGUAGCCUAUAUAUGUUCAAGAUAUUAUCGUGCCCCUGAGCUUAUUUUUGGUGCAACUCAAUAUACAACAGCCAUUGAUAUUUGGUCAGCAGGUUGUGUCAUGGGCGAAUUGAUGUCAAGUCGACCUCUCUUUCCUGGCAAAUCAUCCUUAGAUCAAUUAGUGGAAAUCAUCAAGGUACUUGGAACUCCCACCAAACAACAAUUAACCAAGAUGAAUUCAAAAUAUCCAGCUCAAAAAUUACCUCAAGUUGAACCAAAGUCAUUUUCAAAAAUAUUUCGAUCUUCUACAUCACCUGAAGCUUUGGAUCUUAUUAGUCAAUUACUUGUAUAUGAACCCGACAAAAGGAUCACAGCUAUUGAAGCAUUGGCUCAUCCCUAUUUCGAUGAAUUACGAUUAUCACCAUCUUCAUCCUCAUCAUCAUCAUGUUCUUCAUCAUUUGUAUCAGAAACCAAAACCAACAUUGCUAUCUCGACUGAACCAUCUAUGCAUUGGCCACCUUUAUUUGAUUUUACUUCAGAAGAACUGAUGAUCCGACCUGACUUGAAAUCAAAAUUAUUGCCGCCUCAUGUCAACGAUUUUAACGAUAAGAAGAAUGAAAAGAACGACCUAGUUCAACGAUGAUUUAUUUUUUUUUUUUUUGUUAUACGAAAGAAUGAUACCAACAAGGAAUGAUACCAACGAUGAUUAUUAUCUUUAUUGAACAAGGAUAAACGGCAUAGUUUAGUUAUUUUUAUAUCUUAUUUUUUUUUGUAUUACCUUCAAUUCAAUAAAAUCUACGAAUACCUGCUUUGUUACUUA